GCAGUCUUGGUUUUUAGAGUUUAAUUAAAGGUAAUUAAACAUAAUGUUGGUGAAUGCAGCUGGUACCUCGUUCUUCUAUCCUCCAAUCAAACAUUCUUUUGUUAGGAAUUAUUUUACCAAAACAAACCUGCAAUUUGCUGCCAAUCAUCCUAAAAUCAAUGCUUUAAUUAGUAGGAAAAAUGAGCAAACACAUUCCCUCUUCACUUCUUGCUGCCAUCCACCGGCGUCGCAACUCAAAGCGGCGGCGGCGGCGGUUGAUGGGCACACAGGAAUAGGUAUCCUUGAAUUUUUUCAAGGGAAGAACAUUUUUGUUACUGGAGCAACUGGUCUCCUUGGAAAAGUUGUUGUGGAAAAGCUAUUAAGAUCAACCUCGAUGGGAAAAAUCUACUUGCUAAUAAAGGCAAAAGACAAGGAAGCUGCGUUUGAUAGAUUACAAAGCGAAAUAAUAAGUUCGGACUUGUUCGCAAGCUUGAAAGAAAAAUAUGGGACAUCUUAUAUAGGUUUGGUAAGGGAGAAGCUAAUACCAAUUGUGGGAGAUAUAUGCAAACCAAAUAUGGGAAUGGAUUCUGAAUCUAUCGAUGCUGUUAGGAAAGAUGUACAUGUUAUCAUCCAUUCUGCAGCUUCCACAACCUUCAAUGAGAGGUAUGACUUGUUAGUUGAUUCAAAUGUGAUUGCCCCUCAACGAGUAAUGAGGUUUGCCAAGACAUGCGACAAACUCCUACUCUUCACACAUAUAUCUACGGCUUAUGUUAAUGAGAGAAGAGAAGGUAUAAUAUUGGAAGAGCCAAUGAUUAUGGGAGGAGAUGAUGGUGCGGUUGAUGUGGCUGAUGAGAUAAGCUUGCUUCUUAGAUCACCCCCAAACAAUAAUGAUGCUACUACCAAUUUUUUCAGAAAGAUUGGCCUACAGAGAGCUGAAAUGUUGGGUUGGAGUACUACUUAUCAACUAUGUAAGGCUAUGGGUGAGAUGUGUGUGAAUGAAAUUAGAGGAGAUGUUCCUCUUCUUAUAAUUAGGCCAGCUAUCAUCGAGAGCUGCUACAGUCAACCUCUUCCUGGUUGGAUACAAGGAAUGAGGGUAUUAGAUCCAGUGAUCGUUUCUUAUGGAAAAGGAAUGAUCCCAGCUUAUCUUGCAAAUCCUCAUGUCCCUUUGGAUAUUAUACCAGUAGAUUUGGUAGCAAAUAUGACGAUUGCAGCUAUUGCAAAGCAUGGAAAUACACACGUGACAAUGGCACAAUCCACUAUCUACCAUGUUGCAUCUAGUCUUCAAAAUCCCAUAACAUGGUUCGAUGCUUUCGAAUAUCUAUAUGAAUACUUUAAAGAGGCACCUUUAAUUGAAGGAGCAAAGAUAUCAAGAGUCAAAUUUUUCGACGAUUUUGAGGAAUUCUCCAAAUGUUUAAGAGGGGAAAUUAUGCGACAUUAUGGUGCAAAUGGAGAUAGAAAGAUGUUGCGACAGUGCAAUGUCAAAGCUGCAUAUGCUGAACAACUUUGUAAGUUGUAUGAAUUCGUCGGAUUCCUCAAACCAAGGUACCAUACAGGUAAUAUUCAAAAAUUAAUUGAAGAAAUGUCAAAAGAGGAGCAGCUUAAUUUUCAAGUGGAUGUACGAAAUAUCAAUUGGAAAAAGUAUUUUCAAGAAAUUCAUAUUCCAGGACUGAGCAAGUAUGUAACUAAUUAAUCUAUAGCACAAGAC